UUUCUUUUAGUUUAGAGUUGCGCGAGAGGUUGGUUGGGGUAAAGCUCGGGUUUGCUUCAUGGAAAAACGUAAAAUUAUUUUUGCAAAAUUUAGACAAGCCUUUUUCUUGUUUUCUUUGUUAUGCUAAUUCCCUCUAGGAAACAUGAAAUCUUUCAAUAGAAACUCCAAAAGAGCUCGACUUAGUGAAGAACAUGAAAUGGAGCUUAAAAAUCUCACCACUUUUGAAGAAACCCAGAAAGUCGUUAUGAAAGAAACACUUUUAGAAAGUGGAUUGGCUUUAAAAAAUCCUCCUGAGAAGUGUGUCGCAUCUCAAGAAUCUAUUCAUAUAGUGCGUAACGUGAAAAAGAACUUGGAAAACCAUGUUAAUUAUCCUCGAAAUGUGUCAAGUUUCUUUAAUAAUCUUGAAUGUGAUUGCCGAAAUCUUGAUUUAUUCAAGCAUUAUCUAUUUCCAAAUAUCGUUAGAAUAACUGGGGAUAGCCCAGAGGAACACCAUACAAAUGACAGUGUUUUCAAAAUAUUAUUGAAUAUUCCUAUUUUGCAGACAAAGAUUAUUGAUUUAUUGUUUGAUAGAGCUAUUAAUCUGGCAGCCCAGCGCAAAUGCGGCCCCUGGAUUCAAAUGAUAAUGAAAUGUUUAUCCUCGGUAGACAAUAUCAUAAACACAGAGAAAGUUUCCACCCAGCUUAUAAAUUUACUUGAUGUGACUUCAGAAAAAAUGGUUCGUCUUGAAAUUAUAUCUGCUAUACCAGAUAUAAUAGGAGAUAAAGAGCAUAGUAAUAUUGCCACUGAAAUGGGUAGAAUACUUAGUGAAGAUUAUGACCUCAUUCCUGCCAUUUUAGAUUGUGUCUCAUAUCUUUGUUUGUCGGAUGAUCAGUAUGAACAACUUCAAAAGAAAACUUUGAACAUUCUAGGAAGCCUCUCUAAAUGUGCACAUUUGCCUGUCUUUGUAAAAUUCUUACUUAUACCAGGAAGAAUGAGUGAUGCUGCUUACUUGGAAACUGUCCAAGAAAUUAGAAAUACCUUGGGCUGGCCAACAACAGUUGCAAAACCUCAAGAUAUUGCCUCCAGUCAAGUUCUCACAGCCACAGCCAUAAGAACUUCUAUGGUUUCAUCUAAGGCUAUUGCAGGUCAUUGGAUGAAAGUUGUUGCUUCGUGCAAAGUUCAUACAGAUCACAAACCAAUUGAUUUUAUCAUACUUUUAAUUUUAUCAACUGUGUCAGAAGAAAAGCAAAAGCAAGUGGAAAAUGUUAUAAGGAAGCAAAUUAAACUUGAUAUAUUGAAGGAAGAACUUAUGGAUGAAUGUUUUCAAAAAUACAAGCCUAUACUAAAACAUCAUAUUAGACAUCUAAUAAAACUGAAUAAUUCAAUAUUAAAGACAAAAGGAGACCCCACCAUUGAGUCUUUUGGUUCGCACAUAUACUCAUUAAUGCUGUCAGAACUUGAUGAAAACUGUAGAACACUUGUUGCUGAACUUCUUCAACUAGGAUUAGAUUGUAAACAUUGUCUUUUAAGCAUAUUGCUGAUAUUGAACAAUGUUGCCUCUAAAGACAUGUAUUUGUUAAAAGCGCAAAGUGUGCAGAUGCUGACACUACUCGACAGAAUGGAUGAUAUGAAUAUAGUUGAAAUUAGAGCUGUUAUGAAUUUACUAUGUGGGCUUGCAUAUACCUAUGAAAACUCAGUCAUUAGAGAUGACAUGCAUAUGAUUAUCCGCAAGGAAUUGGGUAGCUCUUCCCCUAGGAUUAAAAUACAGGGUAUUCUAGCAGGCACACAUGCUAUAAAAUAUCUUAUGGCUAGCACCAAUAAUGAUCUUACUACAGAAUUUCCUGAUGAUGUAAGCUAUGGUUCUGUCAUUCAUUUAUCAGAAGGAGACCUUCGAGAAGCAGCUCAGAUUAUAGAAUUGAUUAGCCGAAGUACAAGGCAGUUUCCAGAUAUGAUAGCUUUUUUCUAUGAUGAAUUAUCUAAAGUUAUUGAGACAGCAUCUCAUAUAAAUAAACAAUUUUUGGCUUGGCUGACUGAUGCUGUUACUAAUGAUUUACAACAAAAUUUUAUUGUUGAUACCAUAGAAAAAGAAAGAAUUGCAGAUUUAAAAUUAACAAUGCAAUAUUGUCUCAAUGCAGAAAGUGAAAUGGAUGAAGUCAUUGCCAUUAAUAUAGGAGGGUUAGUUUUACAGUCUAAGAAUGAAAUUAAUGUAGGGAUUUUAUCUCCUCUAUUUCAACUUGUUCAAACUUUACACUUCAAACAACAUGAUGGAAAUUUAUCAAACAUAGAUGCGUUAUUGGGAUGCCCAAUUGUUAUGCCAAAAUAUGAUAUUGAUUUAAUAGAAGAUAUGGAGCCAACAACAGUUUCAAAUAUUUUAGAUUGUUUAAUACAUUGUGUCAAUUGGUUUAGAGAAUUAUUAAAUGCUUUUUCUGUCCAAAAUGAUGAAGCUCUAAGAACAAAAAUUUUGAAUAGGGUUUUACAAGUUGAAGAAUUGGAAAAUAUUAUUGGACAAAUACUUCUCAAGACCAAAAUAUCAUACAAACCACCAAUUUGCACUUUCAAUAUAAAUAAAUACACAGGAGAACAGGUGGUGAAAAAGCCUAUAAAGAUUCAGAUUGCUAAACAAAAAAUGCAGAAAAAACCUCCACAUGACGAUAGUGUACUACCUGAAACAGCGAAGUCCCAAGGAACUCAAAACCAAAAUCCAGUCAAAAAUAAACUUGAGGCCCUUUAUAACAUUCCACUUCGAUCUUUAAAUUUGAAUCUACUUCAGCUCUUGAAAACUGAAUUGACUUCUGAUGAAGAUGAAUCUGAACUCACAAUAAAAACGUUAAAGUUCAUAUUAAAAUGUAUAAAUGAUAAUUUAGAGAGUAUUCUCAUUUCUAAAAUCAAGAGAAAGACUUUUCUUUCUAAACCAGAUGAUAGUUUCUCCUAUGAUCCAAAGAAAGCUGAAGAAUGUGCGAAAUCUGUAAGUGAGGUACUGCCAAAAAUUGCAGAGCACUUAACAUUUAUAGUGUCAAAUCUGGAAAGUAAUUUACCAGCAAAGACAAUUGGUGAAAAGGAACUUACAAGCGAAAUUAUAGAUUGUAUUACAAAUCUGGAAUUAAUCUAUAAAUUUUACACAAUAUACUUUAAAUGGAUUGGUUUCAGAAACCAUCAUAAUGCACUAUUAAAAAGCUCUUUAAGGUCCAUAGCUCCAAUCACUAACACUGAUGCUAUAUCUUUGAAGGAUUUGAUCAUCUCUGUUGCCAAAUUUUUUGAAAAACAUCAGAAAUACUGCUUGCAGUUGUCUACAGCUGUAGCACUAAUUGAUUUUAUUAAAUCUAUUCAGACAUAUUCUGAUAAUACUGAAAUUCUAAAAAUAGUGAAGGAUAUGGCUCAAAGAUUUUUGUCAGAACAAUGGAAAACAAUAGAUGGUGUACCUGAAAAAGGACUAAUAUUCAAUCAAAGUUUAGACACAUUUGCAUCAACUUAUUUCCUUAACCAUGAAAUAUUGGCCCUCAGGAGUUUAACCUUACAACUGACCAAUGAUAUAAAACUAUUGAAAGGUCGAAAUGAUAAGUUAAAUUCUUUUAAGAGUAUUACUAAAAAUAAUUUUGCUAUUUUGUACAGAAAUCUUGGUUCAGCUGUACAUGAAGCCGCGAAGGCCCGUUUGACUAGGGGUUUAUCAAAUUCUGAGCACUUGGAUUUGUGGAAAGAUGUAGCAGUAAUUUUAAAACAUAUGUCUGACAUUGCAAAAACUCUCGAAAAUAGAAAUAAUUUGUCAGUAUUUUUCAAAAAAUCACUUCCUAUCCUCAAAUUAUUCAUGUCUCAAGGUAUACCAAUAUUAGAAAUUCAGCUUAAAACUGAAACAGAGGAAGUGUUGGAAAUUUUAAAAAUCCUCCAACAAUCUACAAGAUUCUUGCAAUCGCUUUGUUGCCAUUCCAGGCUUAAAAAGGAUACAGUUUUGAUGAGUAAGGUGCCAUACAUGAGAGAAUUGCUCGAAACUUUGAUUUAUAAGGUGAAAGCUGCUUUGGCGGCGAAUAAUUGUUCGGAAGCUUUUUGGAUGGGUAAUCUUAAGAAUAAAGAUAUACAUGGCGAAAUAAUAGCUACUCAACAGAGCAUAGAGAGUGAAGAAUCAGUGGAAGAUGGCGAUGAGCAAUUGCCUGAAGACGACGACAGUGAUGACACAGAUGAUGAAAUGUUAAAUCCCGAUUCCAAGAGUAUCAGUGAUAUAGUUUAAGUUUAAAAAUAAAGUUUAUUGUCCUCA